GCAGGCGGCAUGCGCUACUGCCACAAGUGCGCCUCCGCCCACAAGCCGGAGUGGCACAGCGUCGGCUGCGCCGCGGCCGGCUGCGAGGAGUCGCUGGAGCAGCUCUGCAGGGACGCCGCCACCGAUGACCUCACCGGGGAGGUCCAGAUGAAGUUCCACGGGCGCGCGCGCCAGGCCGCCGAGGCGGCCUCGGCGGCGCUCCUCCGGCCCGGCCGCGGCGCCACGCGGGGCUGGGCGGCCGCGGCGGGCGCCGCGGCGCUGGCGGCGCUCGUCGCCGCGGGGGCCCUGCGCGUGCGGGCGCGCGGCAGGCGGCGGCUGGGCGCAGAUGCUGCGGAGGGGCGUGGAGUGAGCGCCGGCUCGGAGCGGGACUCCAACCGCUCCCGAAGAAGGAAGAACCGAAGCGCUGUGAAAACGUCUUUCCGUGCCCAUUUCGGGCGUCCAAAAAUUGUCAGCUGGCUCAGGGCCAAGGGCCCAGGAGCCAGCCAGUCUGGUAAAGAACACGCAGCGACGAAUCGAUGUGCUUCAGCUUGGCCCCCCAAGCUAUGGUUCUUGUGAUCUGGCCUUGCAGUGUCUGGUCUACAAUACGGUGCCGUUUUUAAUACAUGCUCCGCGUGCGUACCUUCCGUCGUGAUUGUUUCACAGCGCGAGGGGGUCUGGGCUUCACGCGAAUUCCAUCGCAUGGCCGCUCGCAGCAUAUUUUUGCACGUAAUUGUCAGCGGAGCCGCGGCGCCGCUGCGCGAAUUGACCCGCCGCCCGGGCACUGAGCUUUGCGCCGCUCUCCCGAGUUGCGCCGUCGCCCUCCCGGCUGGGUCUCUCUCGGUCCCAGAGGAGGAGGGAGGGGGAGAGCCGCAUCCGCCGCGCGCGGCUCCCGAAUUCGGUGCCAGUCUUGGAGGCAGCCGCAGACCUGCUCCACCCCGAAACCGCUUCCUACCCCUGUUCCUGCUCC